AUGGCCGCAGCCCCGGCGCGCGAAGGACGGCAAGGAGCUGCCGGAGUUCAGGCGGCGCCACGCCGCUGGGGCCGGGACGCCGUCUCACGGCACUACACCCCUCACAAGAGGGAGGUCUUCAGGCAGCACUUCCGGAAGCUCUGCUAUCAGGAUGCGCCUGGGCCCCGUGAAGCCCUUACCCAGCUCCGGGAGCUCUGCCGCCAGUGGCUGAGGCCAGAGUGCCACACCAAGGAGCAGAUUUUAGACCUGCUGGUGCUCGAACAGUUCUUGAGCAUUCUUCCCAGGGACCUGCAGGCCUGGGUGCAGGCGCACCGUCCGAAGACGGGCGAGGAGGCGGUGACCGUGCUGGAGGAUCUGGAGCGGGAGCUGGAGGAGCCUCGGCAGCAGGUCCCAGCCAAUUCAGAAAGACAGGACACACUUCUGGAGAAGUUGACCCCCCUGGGAAGACCCCAUGAGCCACUGACUGCACAGCUCCGUCCCAGGAAGAGUCAGCAGGAGCAGGAAUCUGGGGAGCCCCAGAGGAAUGGUGAUAAAACCAGAACUAAGAAUGAAGCAUUGUCCCGGAAGGAAGAUUUGCCCAAGGACACGGAAUUCCUUGGGAAGAUAAAUGACAGACUUAACAAAGACAUUCCUCAACAUCCUGAAUCCAAAGAUGCUAUGGAAAGUGAGGGCAGAUUAGAGUGGCAGCAGAGGGAAAGAAGACGCUAUGCAUGUGAUGACUGUGGGAAAAGUUUCAGUCACAGCUCAGACCUUAGUAAGCACAGAAGGACUCACACUGGAGAGAAACCCUACAAAUGCGAUGAAUGUGGAAAAGCCUUCAUUCAACGUUCCCAUCUCAUUGGACACCACAGAGUGCACACUGGAGUGAAACCCUAUAAAUGUGAAGAAUGUGGGAAGGAUUUUAGUGGGCGCACAGGUCUUAUUCAGCAUCAGAGAAUCCACACAGGUGAAAAACCCUAUGAAUGUGAUGAGUGUGGGAGGCCCUUCCGUGUAAGUUCAGCCCUGAUCAGACAUCAAAGAAUUCAUACAGCAAAUAAGCUCUACUAAGAUGGUGAAGUAACAGAAGUUCUUUAGCUAAGCUACUCAGGUCUCCUUCAUUAUCAGAGAAUCUGCCUUAGGAACUGUGAGUAUCCUGAAUAUAGGCAAAGCUUCAGUCAUCAUUGAACAUUUCUCUGGCACCCGAGAAUCUACCUGAGAAAACUUCCUUUUAUUUCUAAAUUAGUUCAGUUUCUUAGGAAGCAUUAAGGUUAUUUCAGAAAGCCUUGUCUGUUAACAGACUGCUCCCUUGCAACCCAAAAUAACCAUGUUUCUUGGUUGAAAGAGUGAAUUCUACUUCUCAGCUUUCCUUUUUAUUUGACUAUUCUGUGUAUGACAUUAGGCAAAACAGUCACAUUUUUCUCUGCCUUCAUUUCCCCCUUCUGUAGAGGACACAGUAGAGACCCACCAGGUAUGUUGUAUUAAGUUAAAGCUGCUUUUGAAAUUAAUAACUAAAACAAUACUAAGUAUUUAUUUUCCAUCACUACUGAUAUAAUGGCCAUUAUAAUGUGGUAUAAUCAUUUUGUGGAAUUUGUUUGCCAGUGCUAACAAAGAGGAAACUACCAAAAAAGAAGCAGGGUACGGAAAACAUUCAAGUGGAAAGAAAAGCAGUAAGUGAGAUGAGUAGGAGCUGCUGGGAAGAGGGAUGACCGUAAUGAGGAUAAAUCACUCCUCUUCUGAGUCUCAGGUUCCUGGAAACUGAGAGACGUGGGGAGGGAUUGGUCCAGAACUGCACUGUCCAGUGGAGUAGCCAGUGCCCACCUAUGGCUGUAUAAAUUUAAAAUUAAUUCACCCAAAGUAGAGAAUCCUGUUCCUUAACCACAUGUGGCUAGCAGCUACUGAACUGGACAGCACAGACACAGAUCGUUUUUAUCAUGGUGGACAGGAUGCUGCUGUCCUAAUCAAUCACCAGUAACAUGUCUUCCAGCUUAGGUAUUGUGUGAUUCUGAGUUCGGGAAGGUAGUAAAAGAAACACCUGAGGAGACUGUAGUAGCAACAGGAGAUAAAACACAAACACUCUAAAAAAGGAAUUUAGUAAUAACUUUAUGGCACUUUUCAGCCUGAAAAAAGGAGUAUAUUAUAAUUGGAUGACUGAAGAUUAUUAAAGUAAAUACAAUAACAUAAUAAUCUAAAUUAAAAGCUUAAAUUACUACAUCGUCUCUAAAACAAGAGUGUAACUACCUUUACAAAGUAGCAUCCCAUCAGAUACAUAUGCUGAAAAGAAACUGGGACUCUCGGGAGUUUAAGAUAAUAAACAGUCCAAUUUUUUUGUUUGGCUUGGAAAUGCAUUAGUAGUCCAUGUGCUUGCACCAGUUUUACAUCCCUAGUUUGAGAAUACCAUAACACGACAGAUACUGUGACCAGAGGCCCAGCACAUUCACAUGUACACCACCACCAAACCACCAUGAAUCACUGGUUCUAGGAAUAGCCAUCGCCAGGACAAGCAGGAAGGGAUCUAAUCUCUUUCUGAAGACAGGAAUUACAUACACCUGCUUCUGUAUUGUGACCGAGUAGUUAAACCACCACAGUCAUUUCAGUGUCUUUACUACUGUUGGAAGAUGAAUCUUAAAUCACUCUUUGUAACACCAUAAACCGAACUUUUAUGUCUUUUGAACGUAACACUGCUUUAAAAGAAAUCUAAGUUUAUUUUGAUUGUCUACAUCAACUGGUAGAAAAUUUUAAAACAUCAAGUCUCAUACUCCUACUUGUUUUUAUGACAUAAUUAUCUGAGCAAUAUUUCAAAGCAUUUGAAACAAAGGAUUUUUUAAUGGUCAUGAAGAGAAAAGUAUUAAAAAUCUUUAGUAUUAGAAACAUCCUUGUUUUGAAAAUAAAGCUAGAUGCUGAGUGAUAGCUUUUCCCCCUUUACCUUUUUUGUCUUGCUGAGAAACAAGCGUAGAAGCUGUUGGCAGUCUCUGUAAAAGAAAAGCUCAUACUUCUGAUAUUAUCCACUCUUGAAUUUAGAGAGGCUUCUGCAAUGGUAAGAAAGAUGAUUUUGCCUACCACAAGAUUAGGUUUCUUAAAAUUGGUAAAGACAUGACAGACUAAUUUUCCUUUAUCAUCCUCUAUAUGCUGUAACAUUCUACUCAGAUAGUUUUGAAUACCACCUGUUAAGUACAAAGAAUCAUUCCAGUCUUCGAGUUGUAUACCUUCAAAGGCUAGUCUGGAGCACUGAGACAGACCAUGCUACCCUUUUUUAGGUUUGGUGUUGAUUCUCAGUUGCCACCACAGUGUCCACCAUCUGGUAACAGAGGGAGGAAGAGAAAUACAUGUGGCCAGAGAUAGCCUGGAGUGCUGCAGGCAAGAGAAAUCUGAUAAGUGCAGGCAUAAGGCAAAGAAUGCAUGAUGUUAAAGAUCUGAGUUGUUGCUGGUACCAGGAAGAAGCAGGUGUUGUCCGGUAAGUGUGUAGAAACCCAAAGGAAAGAACUGGGGAGGGUGCUCAAGCACAGCCACAGUUACUGGAAAAGAAGAUGUAAUACGUUAGACACCGUAACCAUAACUACAACCGCUUGGUUCUAGCAGAGAGCCAUCCGUUUAGAGCACCGGCUCUAAAAGAACCCAGUUUCUCAAACAGUUGUGUCAGAAGCAUAUGCAUUGCGCCUCCAUCUUUUUGGAGAGACGAUUUUUUUUUCUUUUUUGAAGGAGGCAAGAAGUUGGAGUUUCGAGUUUUUGUGAACUAACAAGACAGCUGUGGUCGUAAGAGGCACCUAAAGGGAGUAGGGGGGCAGCUCUCUUAGACACUGAUGGGGGGAUGGUAGUGAACUGGUGAUUCUGAAUUAGGAACCAACAGCUUUGAAGGGAGGAAACAGAUUAGGUGCCGGGAGAGGAGGGGCUGCAGGAGGUAUGUACGGACAUUGGUGGGGGAAGGGGAGUAAGAUCAGGGGAAAGGGAGGAAGGGAGAAAAUAAAAAGGAACAAGGGUACCAAGAAAAGAACAAAGAUAAAACAAGAGAUGGUGAUAGGGAAAGAGGAGUGACGAGUAAUCUAAUACUGGCAUCAGUCGUGUUUGAGCCUGGGUCAUAGGAUGGAUAUAAGCCAUACGAAGAACAGAUGAGCUCCUUAUCCCAAGGUACACUGAAUCUUACGAGCACAGCACGUAUUAUCUAUCUUUAUCCAACAGGUCUCCAUUCUCAUCCUGAGCAUGACAUUAUUUGUUUAUAAUCAAAAAGUCCAUCAACAGUGAAAACACAACUAGAAACCUUGACAUACUUCAACAAAACAAGCUCUUCUCCCCUAACUGAUCCCACAAGGGAGUCAUAUUGAGGUUCUGAAGGGACAGCUAGCUCAGUCUUUCUUCCUCAAACCGUCUAGAGCAAGGUUUCUCCAUCUUGGUUCUGCUGACAUUUUCAGUCAGACAGUUCUUUGUAGUGCCCUGCCCCCUGCAGUGCAGGGCCUUUAGGGGUAUUCCCAGCUUCCAGCCACUGGAUGCUACCACACCUCCUACUUGUGACAAGCAAGCAUUUUUAAGAUGGGGGACAAAUGCCCCCUUGAGGGGCAAAAUCACCCUCAGUUGAGAACUGAUCUGUAGGAAAAUAAUCUAAUUUCCAUGACUGUUCCUCAUCAUAUACAAUAAGAUUCUACGGAGAUGGUGCAUACAACCAGCACUGCUAGACCCUCUUUCUACCCCCCAAAAAUGAUUCCCAGAGUACCUAAGCUCUAAAUAGCAAUCAUACUGAAAAAUAUUAGUCUGCUUUAGGAAGCCAUACCUCACUGCUGAAGACGAGAGGAAUCUGCCCUCAAAUGGGACUUGCAUAAAGAGCUUACAUUGCAUUUUUUAAGACUUUCCUCUUCCUUCCCCGGCAUACUUGUGGUGCUACCUACUCCUCUAACCCGUGACCCAACCACGAACAAAGAUUUUUUUAUUGAGAUUUCCCCUGUCCAGUACAGUAGCCAUCAGGUACAUAUGGCUAUGCAACUAAGAAACUACAUUUUUUAAUUUAAAUUUUAAAACAUAAUUCAGUUAUUGGAAAACCUUCAUGUUUGGUGUAAUUUGGGUAUGUGAAUCUACUUUUAACAUUUUAAAUUUUGUAUAAUCCCAAUAAAGUAUUUUCAAUGAAAAUUUAAUAUCUGAAUUGAGAUAUGCAAUAAGUAGAAACACAUCAGCUUUCAAAGAUUUAGUAUAAAAAAAGAAUGUAAGAUACUUCAUUAAUUUUUAUAUUGAUUAAUGUUAAUAUUUUGGAUACACUGGUUUAAAUAAAAUUGUUAUUAGUUU